GUCGACAGCGCAGCAGCGGCCGCUUCCUCGACUACUCGCAAGCAGGCAGGUGAGCUCGGAGCCGCCUCCUAGACAGAGUUCGGUCCGCGCUUUUCUCAAUAGGCGGUAGUUUCCCUGACCGCUCAGUCUCAUCACGCAAGGCGCAGACUGUGAACGUCGCGCCGUCCGCCACUCGCGCCGCGCUCGCCCGUUGCCGCAUGUCGCCCGCGUAAGUGUUCUAACAACAAAAAUAAACAAACGGACACUAUACUUCAAUGAGUGUGGACGGAGAAUACAUUGCUACAAAUUUCAACAACAUGAGAAACAACGUCAAACCAUCAUUUUGGGGCCAGCGGAGCAAGAUGGAGAAGCGCCUGCUGAUGGUUGCCGGCGUGACCAGCGCGCUGGCCGUCGCCUUCUGCGUGGCUUUCGUGCUGGCGCUGCUACUCCGCCCCGCGCCUGCCCAGCCCGACAUGCCACAAACUAGUGAACUGAGAUUUUCUGAAUCCAUGCCGCCUGCCACCAAUUCUAAAGGGUCCGACGAGAAGAUCUGCAGCCAGCCGGGGUGCGUCCACACAGCGUCAAAACUGCUACUGAACAUGGACGAAAAAGUAGACCCGUGCGACGACUUCUACCAGUUCUCGUGCGGAUCUUUCCUGAAGAGCACGCGCAUCCCCGACGACAAGACUUCCGUCAACACCUUCUCCAUCAUCACGGACCAGCUGCAGGAGCAGAUCCGGGCGCUGCUCGACGAGCCUGUGGUGCCCCUCGAGCCGCGUCCCUUCGUGCUCGCUAAGACCUUGUACCAGGCCUGCAUGAACAGAAGUUCGAUCGAGGCGCGCGGCACGGCGCCGCUGCUGGAAAUGCUGCGGCGGCUGGGCGGCUGGCCGGUGCUGGACGGGCCCUCCUGGAACGAGAACGCGUUCACCUGGGAGAAGUCCGUCUACAAGUUCCGGGCCGCGGGCUACUCCGUCGACUAUUUCUUUGACUUCUCCAUUGGUGUCGACGUUAAGAACUCUACUAAGAGAAUCAUCGAUUUGGACCAAGCGUCGCUCGGACUCAGCCGGGAGUACUUGAACCGCGGGAUGAGCGACAAGCUGGUGCAAGCCUACUACGACUACAUGGUGGACAUUGCCGUGCUGCUGGGCGCAGACCGCGCGCGCGCUCUCUCCGACCUCAAACACUCGCUGCAGUUCGAGAUGAAACUCGCUAACAUAUCCCUGCCUCUUGAAAAACGGCGUAACGCUACUAGCCUUUACAAUCCUAUGACCAUUGCCCAGAUGCAAGAAAAAUUCCCUAGGAUUCCUUGGCUGGAAUAUAUAAACAAUCUUCUUGCGCCUCAUACGCAGGUCGGAUUAGACGAAAUUGCUAUAGUCAAUGUGCCCAAAUACUUCUCGGAACUCGAGAAUCUCCUGUCAACUACCCCAAAGCGUGUCCAGGCGAAUUAUGUGAUGUGGCGGGUGGCUGGUGCGUCCGUGUCGUACCUGACGGAGGCGCUGCGCCGGCGCCAGCUGACGUACGUAACGGCGCUGUCGGGCAAGACCGAGCGCGAGAGCCGCUGGAAGGAGUGCGCCGACACCACCAGCGUCAGUAUGUCAAUUGCUGUGGGAGCUCUGUAUAUACGAAAAUAUUUCAAUGAAAACUCGAAGGCCAACGCUCUUGAAAUGGUGAAUGACAUUAGGCAACAGUUCCGUAAGACGCUGGAGGAGGUGGAGUGGAUGGACGAGCGCACGCGCCGCGCCGCGCUCGACAAAGCCGACGCCAUGGCCUCGCACAUCGCCUACCCCAGCGAGAUGCUCGACGACGAAAAGCUUAUUAACUUUUACGGUGGAUUAGAGAUGACGUCGGACAAGCUAAUGGAGUCGGUGCUGAAUCUGACCCUGUUCGGCACGGAGUACCUGUUCGGCAAGCUACGCGAACCCGUCAACAAGACCGACUGGGUCACCCACGGCCGCCCCGCCAUCGUCAAUGCUUUCUACUCCUCCAUCGAGAACAGCAUCCAGUUCCCUGCCGGUAUCCUACAAGGCGCGUUCUUCUCAGCCAAGCGCCCUGCAUACAUGAACUAUGGCGCUAUAGGAUUCGUUAUCGGCCAUGAGAUCACGCACGGGUUCGACGACCAGGGACGGCAAUUCGACAAGAACGGCAACUUGAUUGACUGGUGGCAGGAGUCGACCAAACAGGAAUAUCUAGAGAAAGCCAAGUGCAUCAUAGACCAGUACUCCAACUACACAGUCAAGGAAGUCGGAAUGAAGCUGAACGGCGUUAACACUCAAGGAGAGAACAUCGCCGACAACGGUGGUAUCAAGGAGGCGUAUUAUGCGUACCAGGCCUGGACUCAUCGUCACGGCGAAGAGCAACGGCUGCCUGGCCUCGAAAGAUACACUCCCCGACAGUUGUUCUGGCUGAGCGCAGCCAACACGUGGUGCGCGGUGUACCGCAACGAGGCGAUCAAGGUGCGCAUCACGACCGGCUUCCACGCGCCCGGCCGCUUCCGCGUCAUCGGGCCCAUGUCCAACAUGGAGGAGUUCGCCCAGGACUUCAAGUGCCCGCUCGGCUCCCCGAUGAACCCGGUCAACAAAUGCAAAGUUUGGUAGUCCUCGCAGGCGCUCAGGUGGCUGAAUCGACAUUGGGCUGGCCUGUCCCUCGAUCGUGAACACGCACGUGUAUCGUCUUACCACUUUAAAACCACACCUCACAGCUCAACGAAAACGCCGCGUGCCGAUUUUUAAGCAACGUUCGUUGCUUCUAUGUGAAAGUUUUUUCGCAGUACAUUGCACCUGAUUAACACGUGUUCAGUAGAUUUGUCUGGACUGUCAACGUCAACGUACCUACUAGCUCGAUGGCCGACGUAGAAUCACUAUAGAGCGAAAGGUGUGUGGUAUGUUUGUCAAAUUUAGAUGGAGACCUGAGUAUUCAAUUAUAUAGUUAAACAUUUGUAAAUAUAUGUAUGUCAUAUGACUUUUAAUCAAAUUGUGUGUUUAUAAAAUAGGAACAAAUGUUACACUGAGCGAGCACGAAAUCGUCAGUCGAUGGGUACGUUGUAUAAGUAGAAUUACAUUUAAGUAGGUACAAAAAAAUUAGUCUUUAGAUUUUUGUUUCAGUAAAUUAAAUUGUUAAAAUUUAUAUACCUGCAUACCACUUAUGUACAAUCAGCAUCAAAUGGAUGGUAACGGCCCAAGUGGACAAAUAUAUUAUAUCGUAAUACACCUUUGUUACCAUAGAAAUAAGGAUGUGUUCCGAUAUUGAUUGGCCGUCGCCGUCACUAUUCGAUCUAACUGCACCUACGUUCCACUGAAACAACAAGGACAAAAUUAUUAGUUUCUAGUAGGUAUAUUUGUUGUCUAAUUUUUUACGGUUUUCGAGGAUAAGACCGCCGAUUUGUACGGAAACUCAUAGUUACUUAACAUCGGCUUGUAUUUAUGUCUACUGUAUGUAUAGCAUCUUGCUCCUAGCAGGUAAGUAAGUAAAUGAACACUGAUAAUUUAAUUUUUAGCAUAAGUAGAUAAGUAUUACACUUUUGGAUACAAACUUUGCGAGUCUUUAAACACAAAUAAAAAAACAUUUUUA